AUGACGUAUGUGCUCAAUCCACUCCCUCUACUCUCGUACUUCACUGCGGCUUUGGAACAACUCACAACUGCUAUGGCGAACGACCGUGCUAUCGCACUCAAGAAGCAGAUUGGCAACGCAGCCCACGGCCAGCAGCAGCUGCGACCGAUAUUCACAUCCUUGAACGGGGAUAACUCAUGGCUCCUGUCUUUUCCACGCCCAGCAGAGGAGCGGAAUACCACCAAAAAAGCAUUCUAUCACAUCGUACACGACCCGUGGUUCAACGGCCCCGUCAACCUGUUGGGGAUAUGGCUAGCAAGCUUCAGCCUGUCGUCUCCACCCGCCGUCAACAACGGCAGCGACGUAGAAGGCAUUGCGCGCGACAUCGAAGCUGCUGCUACAGACGCUGGGUUCCUUGCUACCACGACACCCGUCACCCAAGAUGCUUCACCGAUCGAUGCGAUCUUCGUCCGCUUCCACUACGACGACCACCUGCACAAGCCGACUCUGCUGACAUUCGCAUCAAGCAUACCCGUGUUCGCGACAACAGAAGCGAGCGCGAUCAUUCGCGGCUGGAACCACUUCGACAACAUCAUCACUACUAGCGACCUCGAGCCGGGUAUCUUCAACGGCGACUGGACAUCGUUUCAUCCAGGCAGCCCAUUACCAACCUGGCUAACCGUCUUCCGAGCCCGCGGCCACCACGAGCUUAACUUCGCCAGCGCAAUCAUUUACACGCUUUCACCGGACGUACACGAAGCGGUAUUGUACUCCCCGCACGGCAUGCGCACCUCCCAGGAGUCUCUGCAGACUCUUUUGCAUCGGUCAGCGCCGGAGUUUAAGGUGCUUGCCCUCCUAACCAAUAUGAGGCGACGAGGAUACGUAUCCUCGCGCUAA